GGAGCCUAUUUGUAACCCCUCCCCCAAAUCGUCUCUCUUUCUCUCCCUCUCUCUCUCGCUCUUUCGUCUCUCAGUAAAGUUGAGGCGUUCACUGCCCUGACUCAGCGACGGAGCUUUCGCUGUUUUUUUUUUUUUUUUCAUAUAUUGUAGUUCUGUGACAUACCGUGGAAAAGCGACUCGUUGGGGAAGAAGUCGUCCACCCAGUAGAUUUCCAGGUCCACGCUCUUCCCUAAACUUGAUCCAGCUCCAAGAUGACAGGCGACCAGCGCGCUCCACACGUCCGGCUGGUAACUGGCCAGCUUCUGUGGGAUUUGAUGUUGCCUUUAGGUGGCUUCAACUGAAGAUGGAAACACUGGAGUCAGAGCUGACCUGCCCGAUCUGCCUGGAGUUGUUUGAAGACCCCCUGCUCUUGCCGUGCGCCCACAGCCUGUGCUUCAACUGUGCUCACCGCAUCCUGGUGUCCCACUGCUCAUCCAGCAAGCCGCUCCAGUCCGUGUCAGCCUUCCAGUGCCCCACCUGUCGCUACGUCAUCGCGCUGAAUCACCGCGGGCUGGAGGGCCUCAAGCGCAAUGUGACGCUGCAGAACAUUAUUGACCGCUUUCAAAAGGCCUCCCUUAGCGGCCCCAAUUCGCCUACUGAGAGCCGGCGUCUGCAGCGGCCGUUCACCGCCACCAUUAGUGGAACAAUUGGCGGUGGCGGCGGCGGUGGCACGAGCGGAAGCAGCGCCCGGAGCAGUCCGGCCACUUCCAGCCACGCCCACCCGCAUGCCAAUCACACCAACCACGCCAACCACACCAACGCCAAUCACAGCCCGGCGUUCGUGGCGAAAAUGGAGCCGCGCAUCAGCUGCCAGUUCUGCGAGCAGGAUCCGCCUCGCGAGGCCAUCAAGACGUGCGUCACGUGCGAGGUGUCGUACUGCGACCGCUGCCUGCGAGCCACGCACCCCAACAAGAAGCCCUUCACCGGUCACCGCCUGGUGGAGCCCGUGCCCGACACGCACCUCCGCGGCCUGACCUGCCCGGAGCACGAGAACGAGAAGGUCAACAUGUACUGCCUGGUGGACGACCAGCUCAUCUGUGCCCUCUGCAAGCUGGUCGGGCGGCACCGCGAGCACCAGGUGUCCUCGCUCAUCGAACGCUUCGACAAGCUCAAAGCUUAUCAGGUGAGCCCGGGCAGAGUGUCAGACGCGGUAAUGACGGCUUCAAAGACAAGUGCUGCGCAAACCUUGGAGAACAACUUGACCAACCUGGUGAAGAGGAACAGUGAACUGGAGAACCAAAUGGCCAAGCUCAUCCAGAUCUGUCAACAGGUUGAGGUGAACACCGCCAUGCACGAAGCCAAACUAGUGGAGGAGUGUGACGAGCUGGUAGAGAUCAUCCGCCAGAGGAAGCAGGUCAUCGCUGUGAAAAUCAAGGAGUCUAAGGUAAUGAAGCUGCGUAAGCUGGCCCAGCAGAUUGCAAACUGCCGCCAGUGUCUGGAGCGCUCCAGUGCCCUCAUCACACAAGCCGAGCAGAGCCUCAAGGAGAACGACCACGCCCGCUUCCUUCAGACCGCCAGAAACGUAGCGGAGAGGGUUGCCAUGGCAACGGCCUCCUCCCAGGUGCUCAUUCCGGACGUCAACCUGAAUGAAGCCUUUGACAACUUUGCCCUGGACUUUUCCAGAGAGAAGAAGAUUCUGGAAGGCCUAGAUUACCUGACAGCGCCCAGCCCUCCAGCCAUCAGAGACGAACUGUGCACGGCCUCACACGACACCAUCACUGUUCACUGGACGUCAGAAGACGAGUUCAGCGUCACUUCCUACGAGUUGCAGUACACCAUCUACACCGGCCAGACUAACUUCAUCAGUUUGUACAACUCGGCCGACAGCUGGAUGAUUGUGCCGAACAUCAAGCAGAAUCACUACACGGUCCACGGGCUGCAGAGUGGCACACGCUACGUCUUCUUCGUCAAGGCCAUCAAUCAGGCGGGAAGCCGUAACAGCGAACCGACCCGACUCAAAACCAACAGCCAGCCCUUCAAGUUGGACCCUAAAACGGCGCACAAAAAGCUGCGUCUCUCCAACGACUGCCUGACCAUGGAGAAGGACGAGAGCUCCCUGAAGAAGAGUCACACCCCGGAGCGCUUCGGCGGAACGGGCUCGUACGGAGCGGCCGGCAACGUGUUCAUCGACAGCGGGUGUCACUACUGGGAGGUGCUGCUGGGAGCGUCCACCUGGUAUGCCAUCGGCGUGGCUUACAAGUCCGCCCCCAAGAAUGAAUGGAGCGGCAAGAACUCCUCAUCGUGGGUGUUCUCCCGCUGCAACAACAACUUCAUGGUGCGCCACGACGGCAAGGAGAUGCUGGUGGAGUCCAGCCUGCAGCUGAGGCGCCUCGGCGUCCUGCUGGACUACGACAACAACUCUCUGUCCUUCUACGACGCCAUGAACUCCCAUCACAUUCACACCUUCGACAUCUCCUUCCUCCUGCCCGUGGUGCCCACCUUCAUGAUCUGGAACAAGUCGGUGAUGAUCUUGUCGGGGCUCCCCGUGCCGGACUUUGUGGAGGGCAUGUCUCUGGACCAGCAGGAGCAGCAGAUGGGUCUGUGCAGACAGGAGUCCCCCUACUUGACCGGGAUGAAGACCUGCCACUGAGGUGGGGACGGGUGCACCUUGAGACCGGCGAGGCACGGAUCUGUGAGGUCGGUGGAGAAAGCGUUAGAAGCGGACUUUUCUACCGCGUGUUAAAAUAUGCACAUCAGUAUUCAAACUUGACCAUCAUUACCCAAAGUCCCGGCAUUACAGGUCACCUUUGACCAACUGAAACUGGGGAAAUUGUCAAGCAGUUCGAUAUCCUAAGAAGUCCCGCUAGUUUCCAUCAGUUAAAAGACGGUUUCGGUUCUAAUAGGGCUGGGCGAUACGGCCUUUUUUUUAAUAUCUCGAUAUUUUUUAGGCCAUGUCGCGAUACACGAUAUAUAUCUACGUAUAUAUAUAUAUAUACGAUAUUUUGCCUUAGCCUUGAAUUAAAACUUAAUGCAUAUAAUCACACCAGUAUGAUGAUUACCGUUUUUCCUUGAAUUGCCGCCGGGGCGCUAAUUAUUUUAAAACCUCUUCUCACUCCGGCCCUUACAAAAGGCAUGCGGUAAAUGUAGGCCUGCGCUUAAAAAUUUGAGUGUGAUGUAAGGGUACCAUCAUGAAAAGCACAUUUAAUUUAAAAAAAACGUUAUUAUGGUCUUGCCUUUACUUAUAAAUGAAGUCCAUGCGCAGCUCCUUCUGAUCAAAAGCAUCAAUAACUUGUUUAUAGAAGUCUUCCUUCAGUUUUAAAAGUCUCUGUCUCGAUGGAGAUCUUCAUUUAUUACCUCCUGCUUUGAUUGAAAGUCCAGUUUAGAAAACUGUUUUAUUUUAGAUAUGUAAUCCUCCAUGUUUAAAGUGCAAGCGAGAGUAAAAAAUAAACACACGCUGCUCACUCUUGCUGGUCCAGUUCAUGGUCGGUAGGUGUGUAGCCAUAGGGCUCUCUCGUCUGGGUGGCUCCCGACUGCUAUCCGUUAGCUCGGCUCCUCACGUGUAGUGCGGGCGACGACAGAAUUACCCUCGGACAACUCCCCCUCCCGUUCUGCUCCGUGGGUGAGCUCUUUAUCCCACCGCUGCCACCAUGAAGUGUUAUUGUAUAAAUAAUACACUGGGUAUUUAGGACUGGAACAAGCUUUAUUUCAGCCCGGUUGUUUACAUAGCCAGCAUAAGAGUAGUGGUGUUACAUCCUAAAGGGUCCGUCGUGCACCCCCCGCGUUAUAGCACAUAUCACUGCACUGGUUGUCACUUCUUCUGCAGCCGAGUAGUCGCAAGAAGGAUCACUAGCGCCCUCUACCACCAGCAGGCGGCGGGAGUAAUUUAAUGACUUAUAUUUGACACACGCAGCUACGGUAUAUUAAUAAAACAUAGCUGCUUACUGUUCUUUUUAGCAUAUUCAAUAGCUUGGACCUUAAAUCCUACUGAAUACCUAGCUCUUAAUUUUCUUCCCUUUAUGAGAGUUCAAAUUAUUGAAAUCAGCCUCCUCCAUUUUGAAAAUGAUGACAGGGGAAGUGUCACUCGUGACGUCACGUUUUUGACCAGGCGGUAAUACUAAGAUUGCGCUAAUUAUUUUGCGAAGCGAGUUUGACCCGGUAGUAAUUCAAGGCAGGCGCAUACUAUAUGCCCUGCGGCAAUUCAAGGAAAUACGGUAUUUAUUAUUGGUUAGUGUGGGGCUUGCCCUCCUGGGGGUUCUUCAGACCACCAAGCACCGACACGAGAGCCUGUUUCAGGGUUACAAUAUUGUUUUCUUUUUCAAUAAGUCUCUCAGUUGCUUUCCAGCAAUUGUCGUUUUCUCUUUCGUUCUCGCUCGCACUUCGGCUCCAGCCCCAACCCCGUCUCUCCUCCUGGCUGCUGCUUAUAAACAGGGCGACAGGUGAUUAGAUAACAAGGCCCAGGUGGGCCCUCUACGCACCUGUCGCUGAUUUCGAGGCCGGUCCUGGCAACACCACGCUUCGCUGCGGGCCCGCAGGCCACGCCCCCUCCACAGUUAGCUUCAGAAUAACAAUGUUAUUACAGAGAAUAAGAGACUUAUUAUACUCUAGAAAUGUUGGUCUUACUUAAAAAUGCACGUGUUUAGUUGUGUUAAGUGUUAUAAAAAAUAUUAUAUGGCUCUUACGCAAAUACAUUUAGAAUAUUUGGAUUCUUGGCUCUCUCUCAGCCAAAAACGUUCCUGACCCCUGCUCUAGCAGGUGACUUUUCAAGUGAUGCUACAUAUUAGCAGUAAGGCUUCUUUUCGUAGCAACGCUUUUGCCCCACACUCGACAAAUUACGGUUGUCCGUUCGACAUAUUCCCACUUGAAGCCAAACAUCCGCCAGACCAUGGACCCUCAGUUGUUUUUCCUGGGAAUUAAUUCUUCCUUCAUUUGUUACCAGAUUCGCGCCUUCUUUCUCUCUUAUUACCACUCGCACGGCUCCACUAGCAUCACAGCUAACGUUACCCAUGCUGCUACCUCUCUGCUCCGCGAGGGCGUAUAUGUAUGUAACGUAUAACGUGACGGAUAUAAGAAGGUGCGCUUGCUGUCUGUAGUGUAAUGCCCGCAGCUAAAAGCAACUGCGUGAGAACGUAUACCCGGAUAUUACAAUAUAGUCAUUUUCUAUAUAUAUCGAGUAUAUCGAUAUAUCGCCCAGUCCUAUGUUCUAAUCAACAAGUCUAAUAUCACUGACCAUUUGCUGCAGAGUCAGUAUCUACUGUAAGAGGACUGUUCUUGGACCUGACCGUGAGCGGGUCCACACAACCAGAUUUACUUUACGUGACUACUUAACUUGUAUCAUAAGAGUUCUAUGGAAAGUGUUAUUUAUGGCUUUUAUUUUGAAACCUAACAUAUCAUGCACUAUUUAAAGAAAAAAAGCAAACACAACUCAAUCUCUCCCAAGUGGGUUUUUGAGAAUAACGAUAGACAUGACACCCCUCCUUCACAUCGAAACUUCCCCAGAAUAUUUUAAUUGUCUUGUCGAGCAAAGGGAUAUUUUGUUUUUGUGAUUUUUUUUUUUUUUUAAACACAAAAUAUUAAGUCGCAUUUUAAAAAAAGCGAGGGAACACUUUAUUCUUGGAUUAUUCAGGGAAGGGGGUGUGGAUUUUUACACUUUAACUGUUGCAGCAUCACAGCAUGAUGGUGUUUUCCUAUGUUGUUGUCGGUGUCCACACACGCACACACACACACACACACACACACACACACACACACACACACACACACACACACACACACACACACACACUCGUCACCUUUCCUUUGGCUUGGCCUCACUGUGAUGAACGCAUGAUCACGCUGUAGAACCAAUGAUGUGCACUUCCGUUCACCUUUCGACACCCAGUUCACAUUCAAAAAACGGAUUUCGCGCCCCGUGAUUUUAGUCCCGUGUUGGAUUUAGCCCGUGCAUCGUUUUACACAAGAAUUUAGAACCAAAUUGCACACAAUGUGCUGUGUUACUGCACUUAAAUGGUGACAGUCCACUUUAAUGACCUGCCAAGCCAAUGAAGACAUUUUAUAUUCAUUUAUUUCCCCUAAUCUAUUUAAACUUCAGUUCUCAACAAAAUGACCAAUUAAGUAUUUUGUUACCCUUUGGAUUAGAUGUCACAGGUUGAAAUUAGUGCAAUACAAAUAUGUACUAAUUGAAAAAUUGGAUCAAAAGCCCUUUUAACGACACAUCAUGUAUAAAUGCAUUAUUACGCAAUGCGAUAUGUAAUAAUAGAAUAAAUGUUCACCUCAUUACCCGAUGUAAACAAUGACGCAGUUUGUAAUGAUUUGCCACAUGUUUUAUUAGCUUCUAAAACAUUGAAAGUUAUUACAAAUGCCUUAAAGUUUACUACAAAAAGCAUUCAAGCAUUUUUUGUUUUUAUUUUUAGAAAAUGAGUUGAACAUUUUAUUUUUUUAAGUUAUUUUUAGUACAAAAUCUGAUUAAAUUAUUGUACAAAAAUGUUACAGUUGUCAAAACAAAAGUUCUUUUUAGUGAAGUGAAGUGAAUUAUCUUUAUAUAGUGCUUUUCUCUAGUGACUCAAAGCACUUUACAUAGUGAAACCCAAUAUCUAAGUUACAUUUAAACCAGUGUGGGUGGCACUGGGAGCAGGUGGGUACAGUGUCUUGCCCAAGGACACAACGGCAAUGACUAGGAUGGCAGAAGCGGGAAUCGAACCUGCAACCCUCAAGUUGCUGGCACGGCCGCUCUACCAACCGAUCUAUGCUGCCCAUAGUACAAAAUCGGACAAAAUUAUUGUAUAAAAAUGUUAUAAUUGACACAAAGUAAAUUUUAGUACAGAAUCCUACUAAAUUAUUGUGUAUAAAUGUUACAGUUGUCAAUACAAAGUUAUUUUUGCCCAAAAUCCGACUAAAUUCUUGUAUAAAAAAAUGUUAUAAUUGACACAAGGUAAUAUUUAGUAAAGAAUCCUUCUAAAUUAUUGUGUAUAAAUGUGACAAUUUACAAUCAAAUGUUAUUUUUGGUACAAAAUUCGACUGAAUCGUUUUAUGAAAAUGCUACAAUAGACAAUAUAAAGUUAUUUUUUAGCACAAAAUCAUUUUAAAUUGUUCUAUAAAAAUAUUAUAAUUGACACAAGGUAAUUUUUAGUACAGAAUCCUACUAAAUUAUUGUGUAUAAAUGUUACAAUUGACAAUAUAAAGUUAUUUUUUUGCACAAAAUCAUUCUAAAUUGUUGUAUAAAAAUGUUUUAAUUGAGACAAGGUCAUUUUUAGUACAGAAUCCUACUAAAUUAUUGUGUAUAAAUAUUACAGUUGUCAAUACAAAAUUAUUUUUAGUACACAAUCGGACAAAAUUAUUGUAUAAAAAUGUUACAAUUGACAACCCAAAGGUAUUUUUGGUACAAAAUCCGACUAAAUUACAGUUGACAAUAAAGGGUUAUUUUUGGUACAAAAUCAGACAAAAUUGUUGUGUAAAAAUGUUACAAUUGACAAUAUAAAGUUAUUUUUUAGCAUAAAAUCAUUCUAAAUUGUUGUAUAAAAAUGUUUUAAUUGACAGAAGGUAUUUUUUAGUACAGAAUCCUACUAAAUUAGUGUGUAUAAAUGUUACAAUUGAUAAUAGUUAUUGUUUGGCACAAAAUCCGACUAAAUUGUUGUGUAAAAAUGCUACAAUUGACAAGAAGUUAUUUUAGUACAAAAUCCUACUAAAUUAUCGUGUAUAAAUUCUACAGUUGACGAUACAAGGUUAUUUUUGGUCCAAAACCGACUAAAUUGUUAUAUCAAAAUGUUACAAUUGACAAUAUAAAGGUAUUUUUUUAGCACAAAAUCAUUCUAAAUUAUUGUAUAAAAAUGUUAUAAUUGACACAAGUUAAUUUUUGGUACAGAAUCCCACUAAAUUAUUGUGUGUAAAUGUUACAAUUGACAAUGAAAGGUUAUUGUUGGUACAAAAUUCGACUAAAUUAUUGUUUAAAAAUGUUACAAUUGACAAUAUAAUGUUAUUUUUAGCACAAAAUCAUUCUAAAUUGAUGUAUAUAAAUGUUAUAAUUGACACGAGGUAAUGUUUAGUACAGAAUAUGACUAAAUUGUUGUAUAUAAAUCUUACAAUUGACAAUAUAAAGUUAUUUUUUAGCACAAAAUCAUUCUAAAUUGUUGUAUAAAAAUAUUAUAAUUGACAUCACAAAUCCGAAUACAUUUUUUCUAUAGAAUGUUACAAUGAGAAUAAAAAGUAAUUUUUAGUACAAAACCAUACUAAAUUAUUGUGUAUAAAUAUUAAGGUUGACAAUUCAAAGUUAUUUUUGGUACAAAAUCCAACUAAAUUGUUGUUUAAAAAUGUUACAAUUGACAAUAUAAAGUUAUUUUUAGCACAAAAUCGUUCUAAAUUGUUGUGUAUAAAUGUCACAAUUGGCAAGAAGUUAUUUUAGUACAAAAUCCUACUAAAUUAUUGUGUAUUAAUAUUAAGGUUGACAAUACAAGGUUAUUUUUUAUGCAAAAUCCGACUAAAUUGUUGUAUAAAAAUGCUGCAAUUGACGAUACAAAGUUAUUUUUUAGCACAAAAUCAUUCUGAAUUGUUGUAUAAAAAUGUUAUAAUUGACACGAGGAAAUGUUUAGUACAGAAUCCGACUAAAUUGUUGUAUAUAAAUCUUACAAUUGACAAUAUAAAGUUAUUUCUUAAUACAAAAUCAUUCUAAAUUGUUGUAUAAAAAUGUUAUAAUUGACAUCACAAAUCCGACUAGAUUUUUUCUAUAGAAUGCAAUGAGAAUAAAAAGUAAUUUUUAGUACAAAACCCUACUAAAUUAUUGUGUAUAAAUAUUACGGUUGACAAUUCAAAGUUAUUUUUGGUACAAAAUCCAACUAAAUUGUAGUUUAAAAGUUUUACAAUUGACAAUAUAAAGUUAUUUUUAUUACAAAAUCAAUUGUUGUAUAAAAAUGUUAUAAUUGACACGAGGUAAUGUUUAAUACAAAAUCUGACUAAAUUGUUGUAUAAAAAUGUUACAAUUGACAAUAUAAAGUUAUUUUCACCACAAAAUCAUUCUAAAUUGUAUAAAAAUGUUAUAAUUGACAUUACAAAUAUAUUUUUAGUACAAAAUCCGACUGCAUUUUUUCCAAUAGAAUGUUACAAUGACAAUAAAAAGUCAUUUUUAGUACAAAACCCUACUAAAUUAUUAUAUGGCAAACAUGUGACAAUUGACAAUACAAAUGUUGUUUUUUUCCCUAAAAAAUGAAAUAAAUAAAUAAAUAAAAACGACUACUAAAGUAGUCCAAAAUCCGACUACAUUUUUUCCUAUAAAAUGUUACAAUGACAAUAAAAAGUCAUUUUUAAUACAAAACCCUACUAAAUUAUUUUGCAAAAAUGUGACAAUUGACAUUUUUUUUCCCUUUACAAUUAAAUAAAUAAAUAAAUGAAAACUCCUGUGUAAAAGACAAACUACUUUUUAGUGCAAAAUCCUACUCAUUUAUUGUGUUAACAGCUUGUUAUUUUUGUUACACAAUUCGACUCAAUUCCAGUUAAAGGCUUGCAAUUAAUCCAAAGGUUUUUUUGGGGGGCAAAAUUGUAAUAAAUUCUUGCAAUUGACAUGUUAUUUUUUGCCCAAAAAUCCACUCAAUUCCUGUUAAAAAGUUUUGCAAUUGACAAGAUGUUAUUUUUGUACAAAUCCCUACUAAGAUUCCUGUUAAAGGCUUUCAAUUAACAAUACAAAGUCAUGUAAAAUCUUUCUAAAUUCUUGUAUAAAAGGCUUGCAAUCGUGAAUGUUAUUUUGUCGUGCACAAAUCCUACUAAAUUAUUGUGUAUAAAUAUUACACUUGACAAUACAAGGUUAUUUUUGGUACAAAAUCCAACAAAUUGUUGUGUAAAAAUGUUACAAUUGACAAUAUAAAGUUAUUUUCACCACAAAAUAAUUCUAAAUUGUUGUAUAAAAAUGUUAUAAUUGACAUUACAAAUAUAUUUUUAGUACAAAAUCCAACUACAUUUUUUUCUAUGGAAUGUUACAAUGACAAUAAAAAGUAAUUUUUACUACAGAACCCUACUAAAUUACUAUUUGGCAAACAUGUGACAAUUGACAAUACAAAUGUUGUUUUUUCCCUAAAAAAUUAAAUGAAUAAAUAAAAAUGACUACUAAAAUACUACUAAUAUAGUACAAAAUCCGACUAAAUUAUUAUUUUUGCAAAAAUGUGACAAUUGACAAAUUUUUUUCUUUAAAAAUAAAAUAAAUUAAAAACUCCUGUGUAAAAGACUCCCCAUUGACAAACUACUUUUUAGUACCAAAUCCUCAUAAUUUAUUGUGUUAAUAGCUUGCUGUUUUUGUUACACAAUCCUACUCAAUUCAAGUUAAAGGCUUGCAAUUUAUCUAAAGUUGUUUUUUGGGCGACAUUCUACUAAAUUCUUGCAAUUGACAAAGUUCUUUUUUGUGCAAAAUCCCACCUAUUCCUUUUAAAAAGUUUUGCAAUCGACAAGAUGUAAUUUUUGUACAAAUCCCUACUAAAAUUCCUGUUAAAGGCUUUCAAUUAACAAUACAAAGUCAUGCAACAUCUUUCUAAAUUUUUGUAUAAAAGGCUUGCAGUUGUGAAUGUUAUUUUGUCGUGCAAAAAUCCUACUAAAUUAUUGUAUAUAAAUAUUACACUUGCCAAUACAAGGUUAUUUUUGGUACAAAAUCCAACUAAAUUGUUGUACAAAAAUGUUACAAUUGACAAUACAAUGUUAUUUUCACCACAAAAUCCUUCUAAAUUGUUGUAUAAAAAUGUUAUAAAUGACAUUGCAAAUAUAUUUUUAAUACAAAAUCUGACUACAAUUUUUCCUAUAAAAUGUUACAAUGACAAUAAAAAGUCAUUUUUUGUACAAAACCCUACUAAAUUAGUAUUUUGCAAAAAUGUGACAAUUGACUAUUUUUUUCCUAAAAAAUAAAAUAAAUAUUUAAAAACUCCUGUGUAAAAGACUCGCCAUUGACGAACUACUUUUUAGUACAAAAUCCUACUAAUUUAUUGUGUUAAUAGCUUGCUAUUUUUGGUACACAAUCCUACUGAAUUCCAGUUAAAGGCUUGCAAUUAAUCCAGGUUUUUUGGGGGGGCAAAAUUCUAAUAAAUUCUUGCAAUUGACAUGUAAUUUUUUGCGCAAAAAAACACUCAAUUCCUGUUCAAAAAGUUUUCAAUUGACAAGAUGUUAUUUUUGUACAAAUCCCUACUAAAAUUCCUGUUAAAUGCUUUCAAUUAACAAUACAAAGUCAUGCAAAAUCUUUCUAAAUUCUUGUAGAAAAGGCUUGCCAUUGGGAAUGUUAUCUUGUCGUGCAAAAAAAUCCUACUAAAUUUUGUUGCAAAAGACGAAGAAUUAACAAUACAGAGUUUAUUGUUGUGCAAAAGAUCGGAUUCCUUGCUUGCAAAGGACGAACGACGCACAUGUGAAGACGACGCUGAGUGUUUGUGGACAUCACCCGACUUGUGAGAUACUUGGAACCGCUUUUGUUGGCCGUCAGUCGCAGGCUCCAAGCCAGCCGCGUGUUGAUCCGUGAUCCAGACUGACAACGGGGGCCAUCGGAGCGUGUCCGCCCGUCGGGUCACUGCAUGAAUUUGUGACCUUGCUGCAGGUCCACAGCUCCUUGAGGGUCACCUAUUCGGUGGUGACUAAAAAAAACAACAAAAAAAAACAAGAAAAAGUCAAUCGCCAUUCAUAUAUAUCAGACUUUGCAGUGUUAUUUCUUUCUUCAGUCCAUACAGAAAAUCUAUACAGAGAAUGAUUCUCGGUAGCCCUUGCAGUGCAGUGCACCACCUUAGAGACAAUGCAAUAGAUUCUCCUCCUUUUUUUUGCUUUUCAACACAACUCAGAAGAAACACUCUCCUCCCCUGUUGGUAUUUUGAUAAAAAAAAAAAAAAAAAAAGAGCGGCGUUGCAUUU